GACGUGAGACAUCAGUUUCGUCCUAACUUCGAGAUCGAAACGGUCUCGCGACGGUGGUCCAGUGGACGCUACUCGGUUCUCUUCUCUCCGAUUUGCAAAUAAGAAGCGCUCACUUGGAACUCAAACAAGGCCUAAACUAAACGUCUCCACGGAAAUAUUUAGGAAAAGAUGCGGACCCCUCUCGCACUCGUCGUAUUUUUAUACUUCUUGCUGCGGAGCGUCUCCUCUCAAGGUGUUCCCGACUCGGCUUGCACGACAACGAAUCAACCCGGCGUUUGCAUCGGCAUAAGGCAAUGUACACCCUUGCUGAACAUCCUCCGAACCCAAAGGCAAGCUGCAGGGGACUUUUUGCGAAGCACCGUAUGCGGAUACGUGGGAUUCGAUCCAUUGGUUUGCUGUCCGACUUCGACUUCGCCAACCCCACCUACGAGCAACCAGAACCAGAAUAAUGACUCCACGAUUGUGGAGAGUCGAUUUUACGGACCCCUGCUCCCUGAAGAAUGUGGCAUCAGCAACAACACCAAUCAUGGGAGGGUGGUCGGUGGAGAUCCUGCCCCUCUUGGAGCCUGGCCUUGGAUCGUGGCUCUCGGGUACCGAUCGAACAAGAACUUAAAUCAGAACGAAGACAAGCCAAAGUGGCUCUGUGGAGGGACCUUGAUAUCUUCAAGGCACGUCCUCACUGCCGGCCAUUGCGUCUUUGGUCGCAAAGAUUUGUACUUGACUCGUCUUGGUGAUCUGGAUCUGUCCAGAAACGACGACGGAGCCACUCCUGUUGACAUCCUUAUCGAGAAGAAAAUUAUUCAUCCGAAUUACGACUCGGUGAGGUACACCAACGACAUCGCCAUUUUGAGGCUGAACAGGGACGUUACGUUCACGGAUCUUAUUCGCCCGAUUUGUCUUCCCGUGACUGAUGAGAUGAAGAAUAAAAAUCUUGUCCGCCAUUAUCCUUUCCUCGCAGGCUGGGGCUCCGUAUACUUCAACGGACCGUCGAGUAGUCGUUUGUUAGAGGUACAGGUCCCGGUAGUCGACCCUGCGGAUUGUAAACGGACUUUCGAGCCCUUUAAAACGGUUAUUGACGACCGUGUCCUUUGCGCUGGAUUUGCGAGAGGCGGAAAGGACGCUUGUCAGGGUGACAGCGGCGGACCGCUGAUGUACCCCAAAGGACAUACGUUUUAUUUAAUUGGCGUGGUGUCUUACGGUUUCCGAUGUGCAGAACCCGGUUUUCCGGGAGUUUACACACGCGUUACAUCUUUCCUCGAUUUUAUUGAACAGAACUUAGUAUGAGGCAGCCUGGAGAGCCUGCGAGGAACAGCCAAAGUACUGAAAAGUUAGAAAAAUUAGAGGCAGUAAUAAAUAUUUUAUCCCUUCAAGCUCAUAUUAUGUAUCAUCUCAUAUUACACACAUUGAAAGUAUAGCACAAUUAAAAGGAAGUCUCGUUACGAAGAGGA